AUGGCCAUGGAGAUGGCACGCCUAGGCGUGCCCCUGCCCGCCACUCUUCUCACGGCUGAGGAGCCCCUCCCGGUGGCCAAAGGCCUGCUCCGGGAGCCCGUCCAGCCUGACCGGCCUCUCGCCAUCCUCCUUCCCAAAGAUAUAAAAGAGACGUCUGGUCAGGCUGUGAUUCGCUGCGGGCCCCUGGCUGCCGGGCCGCAGGCCACCUCCUCUGCUGCCGCCGCCACCACAGCCGCUGCUCCCGCCACUCCUGCUACCACUCCUGCCACCGCCACCCCCCCUGCUGUUCCUCGCUCCACAGCCUGGCACAGGAAGCUCAGGGAGGAGCAAUAG